CCUGACCGAUAGGAACAACAGCCUCAGGAAAAAUGUUUGCGGCGACUCCUCCUGUCCACUACCUACACUAACAACCUUUGGCAGGGAGGGAGGGUCACAACAACACACGCGGAUACGGUGUUCAGUUGCCGCAGCCUGCAGAAGUCGGUGCGAUCAGCAGCGGACCACCAGCUGGUCCCCCCUUGCUCCUUUCGACGAGCUUGGUGGCUGUUCUAACCUUCUGCUGCGUUUUACCUUCUUCGUAUAUCGUGCCGUGUCGAGUCUUCUAGACCUUACCCUAGCGAGUCUUCUCUCCCAUGACCACCCUCGCGUGGCCUUUCGUUUGCGACCGACCCGGUCAGCCGAGGCCGGUCGAAAUCCUCUCGUAGCUUCGUCGGAGUAUUUUGAGUCGACUCAAGAGACACCGUUUGCGACAGAUCGGGCCAGCGAGCCGGUCGAAAUCCUCCCGUCGCUCCGUGGGAGCAUCGGAAAAUGCGGCUGUUAGCAGGAUUACAGUUGCGGCUGGUAGCUGGGUUGCAGUUGCGGCUGGUAGCGGGAUUAUAGCUCAAAUCUGCAGGAUCGACGACGCACAGACUGCGAAGGCGUGACUGAUUCGGUAGCGUGACCGAUUCGGUGCUUUAGGUCCGAUAAUGUUGGAUCGGCCAUGGAGGGUAACAAAGACGAAGCUCAGAAGGCGAAAGGCCUCGCAGAGUCGAAGCUAUUGGCUGGCGACGUCGCGGGAGCCCGGCGAUUCUGGGACAAGGCUCGUCGCAUGUUCGCGACGCUCGACGGCCUUUCGCAGAUGCAGGCCGUUCUCGACGUUCACGAAGCCGUUGCGAAGCGGUUACCCGGUGUCGGUCAAGGCGAGGUGGACUGGUACCUCGUUUUAGACGUCCCCGAUUUCUGCGACGACGACGCUCUGAUAAAGAAAUCCUAUCGGAAGAAGGCGUUGCUGCUGCACCCAGACAAGAAUAAAGGCGCGGGAGCGGAGACCGCGUUUAAGUACGUCUCUGAGGCAUUCGGUUGCCUAUCCGAUAAGGCCAGGAAGUCGCAGUUCGAUAUUAGGAAGCGAGCUAGAGCAGCCAUCGGAGCGCGGACCGGCCACUUCUCCGCCGCCGCCGCCGCCGCCGCGACGAGCCGGCAUCACGCUGCGGCGAAUCGGCAGCAUGGGGGAAGCGCGCGGGGGCACGGCGUGGGGGGUAGCAGCGGCGCAAGAGGCGGAGCCGCAGGUGGGGGCGGCGGUACUGCAGCGGGCGGUGGCGCGGCUGUUCCACAGUUCUACACGAAAUGCCACCAUUGCUGCGCGAAUCUGUUGUGCAAGCAGGACUCCCGGGGGCAAAUGGUGAAGUGCUUGCUAUGUGACAAGAUGUUCCUCGCUGUAGAGGUUGAUCCGCCGGCCAAGGCCAAGCCUGCUGGUGCUAGUGGCGCUGCUGCGGGUGGUAGGGGGAGAGGGCAGCAGAAGCAGCAGGAUCAGCGGCAACAGCGGCAUCAUCAGCGGCAGCAGCAGCACCACCAGCAGCAACAGCAGCAGCAGCAGCAGCAGCAGCAGCAGCAGCAGCGACGGCAGCAGCCGGUGCCUCUGCGACCAGCCUCGCAUCCGCCGCCCCCUCAGCCGCAACAGCAACCACCACCACCCCAGCAGCAGCAACAGCCGCAACCACAGCACCAGCAGCCGCAACCACAGCACCAGCAGCCGCCGCCACAGCCGCAGCAGCAGGCACCGCCGCCGCAGCAGGCGUGGUGGCAGGCGCAGGCGGAGAGCCAGCAGGCGAAGGGCAUUCCGCAGGCAGACAGCGCGCGGGCGAGUUUCAUGAAGAACAUGAAGGCGCAGUUCUGUGCCGCGGGGAUGAUGGGACCGGGCGGCCUCCCGGAUCACUGGCAACAGCCGCCGCACCCAACCAACGGCUUCGCCUCCGCUGCUGCUGCUGCUGCUGCUGCGGGUGCUGCUGCGGGUGCUGCAGGUGGUUCAAGUGGUGCAGGUGCCGGGGGUGCAGGUGGUGCAAGUGAUGCAGGAGCCGCGUCCGGGAUCCCUGCGUUCGGUGUGCCUUCAUUCCCACAGUCCGCAGCCGCAUUCGGGGGGCAGCCUGCGGGCUCGAACCAACAGCAACAGCAGCAGUCGCAGCCACAGCAGCCGCGGCCACAGCCACAGCCACAGCAACCAGGGCAGUCGCAGCAGCAGCAGCAGCAGUAUUAUCACAGCCCGUUCUCUCAGGCCCCUGCGAGCCCCAAACCAGACCACGCUGGCCCACCCCCUCCACAACCCUUCGACCAACCACCCCACAUGCAGUCGCAGGGGAGUCUCUUCGAGCGGUUCUGCACGCCAGGCCCCGCGGCGUCAGGGUUCCGGCAGGCGUUCGUGAACGAUGUGUGGGAUAAGGUUCAGCGGGAGCGGAUGGAGGAGCAGGCUGAGGUCAGACGGAGGGAUCGCGAGAGGAAGGAGGCGGAGAUGGCGGAGAGAAAGAGAGUGGCUAAGGCCGCGAGGGAGCAGGAGAGGGAGGGGAGGAAAGCUGCUGCUGCUGCCGAGAAGGCGGCUGCGGCUGCUGCGGCUGCUGUUGCUGCCAUGGGGGUGGGCGCUGGGAGGGAAAACGGAGGGAGGUAUCACAGGGGGAAGGCGGGUGAGGGGGUGGGGGGAGAGGGAGUGGGGGGAGCGCAGGGUGCAGGGGCAGUGGGGGCGGGAGGGGAGGGGGAAGCGGGAGGAGGUAAGGCAAAGGGAGAGGGACGGAGCACGAGGAAGAGGCAGAGGGGGAGGGAGGGGAAGGAGGAGCUGCUGCCUGACGACAUGUCUGCUGCGGUGCAAGCUGCCAUGGAUGCUGCGCGCGCUGCUCUGGGGAAAGGUGGGGGGGAGGGAGUGGGGGGAAGAGGAGGCGGGGAGGAAGAGGAGGGGAUGGAGGGCUUGGCGGGUAUGGGGCGGAGGGCAAAGAGGAGCCGCAGAGAUGUGGAGCAGCCGUCUGGUGUAAAGCUACAGCCGCCUGUCAUCAACCUGGAGGGGGACAGCCCUGGUGGCGUGGGGGUAGAUGUGAUGGACGUUGACUCGCCUGGUAACCCGGGUAAGGGCGUGGGUGCAGCAGCAGCAGCAGCGGCGGUGGCGGCAGUGGGAGCAGAGGCGAAACGUGGUUUAGGAGCAGCAGGGAUUGCUGUACCAGGGAUUUCUGGUGCAGAAGCAGGGGCAGAGGUGAGAUUGGCAGGAGGCACAGCAGCGCCAGCACCAGAGUUGACAGUCGAGGUAACCGCGGAUGUAGCAGCAGGUGUGGCAGCGGAGGCAGUGACAGGAGCUGACGUGGCAGCAGCAGGUGUAGCGGGCAGGGAGAACAGCGCAAGUGCCAUGAGAGCGAGAACGGUCCCUCAGUCGCUGCGCCCGGCAUCCAUCUUCCAGGUCAUGCAUAACCCUGCACAGGCGGCAAACAUCGUCUCUUCCGCCCCUGCACCUGCCCCUGCUCCUGCUGUUGCUGCUGGUAACCGCCGUAACGUUACCACCGCGGCGGCUCAGAAUGGCAGUGGCAUGCCGGCUGUGCUUGACCCUACGGCACCAGCGGCGGCUGCGGCUACUGCUGCUGCUGUGAGGAGCCAGGAGGCGAGUGGAGAGGGCGUGGGGCCUGCUGCUGCUGCUGCUGCUGCUGCAGGGGCUGGCUCUGGCGUUGCUGCGAAUGGGGUGGGGGGUGAGAAGGGCAGGCAAGAGGGGGAGGAGGAGGAGGAGGAGGGGAUGGAGGUGGCUGAUCCGGAUUUCUACUGCUUUGACAAUGACAGGGAGGAGGAGAGCGUGCAAGAAGGGCAGGUGUGGUCGCUCUACGACGACCGCGACGGCCUCCCCCGCUUCUACGCACUCGUGCUGAAGGUCACCCACAAGCCCACCUUCAAGUGCCGCCUGCAGUGGCUGCACCCCGUCUCCUCCCCCUCUCGUCGCGGCGCCUCCUCCUCAUCCGCCCUCGUGCCCGCGUACGGUUGGUUCCGCCUGGUCACGCGUGCCAAGACCAUGGACAGCAUUAAUGUCUUCGCCUUCCGCUUACCCGGUGUGAAGGUCCAUCCGGACUUCCCUCUUGGGGUCUUCCCGCAGCCGGGCCAGGUCUGGGCUGUGUUUACCGACCGGGUUGUGUCCCAGCAUCGGCGAAACGGGACAGGUUCGGGCUCAGGUUCGGGCGCAGGGCCGGGCGCAGGUCCGGGGGCUGGGACGGGUGCAGGUUCGGCGGGAGGGACGGAGAGGUAUGAUCUGGUGGAGGUGGCUCAGGAGUGGGAGGUGAAGGGGGGGGCGGCGGCGGUGGCAGGAGCGGCGGGGGUGAUUGGGUUGCCUGAGAGGCCGGAGGAUGGGGUGUGGGGACAGGUGGUGGUGUGGCUGCUGCGACGCAUGGAAGGAUACACAAGCAUCUUCCAGCGCACGAGUGAGUGCCUGGCAGUGGACAUCACAGUCUUCUCUCACCUCAUCCCCACAUACAUCUGCAAGGGGAACGAGGCUGGGCCAAAAGGACUCCCCUCCCCCCCUCAAGGAGCCAAGGAGCUUGACCCAGCUGCCACCCCUCCUGUUCUUGCACCUAUUUCUUUGUGAAGGGUCUUGUGAGUGUAGUCGCCUGGGUUCGUAAGGGGGGCCGGCUCAUUACCUUCAUUCACCAAUUUUUUCUUUCAGUUUUUUUUGUAAGCUGUUGAUACGCAUGUUGUAUAUUAUCACUUCACUUCCUCAUAGGGACCAGCUUGACGUGCUAUGCCCAACUGUUUGGGUGGGUUUGUCACCAAUUAUAAUGACUUGAAU